AUGAAGACCAGACGAGCUGGACAUCGGGGAGUUCUUACAAAGUUACUGAAGAAAGUGGAACCGAGUUCCGAGAAACUUUUGCAGGAAUUUGACGUUAGUGAACUUUCAACCAUUCGAGGACUUAUUGUGAAGAAGCAGGAAACAAUCGAUCAACUGAACGAGAAAAUUGUGGAGGAACUAUCGGAAGAGGAAGUGAGCGAAGAAAUAGAGGAAGCCGACAGAUACACAUAUGACAUAGAAAUGAGUGUAACUAAACUUUCAAAAAUCAUUAAGGAAUCGGAAAUCACAGUCAAACAGUCAAGUAAGUCAUUGCUAAACCCAAAUGCACACGAGUUUAUUAAUUACACAAAUCAUCAAGAAAGUCAGCCACAACACAGUUGCAUGCACGCAAAUACAUCAGCGUCCGUUUUUUCAAACUCCAGCAUGUACCACAAACUUCCCAAAUUAAAUUUACCAACGUUCGGUGGGAAUAUGUUAGAAUGGCAACCCUUUUGGGAUUCGUUUAGUGCUGCCGUACACGAUAACCUGUCUUUAAACGAUGUGCAGAAAUUUAAUUACUUGAAAUCUCAACUGUUCGGAGAAGCCACCCAAUGCAUAGCAGGUCUACAAAUAACUAACACAAAUUACGGACAAGCCUUGCAUGUACUGAAACAAAGAUUCGGUCAACCACAUAAGAUAGUACAGACAUACAUGCAGAGUUUAAUCAGCCUUCCUAGUCCAACGUCAAAUAUAACAAAUUUGAAAAAAUUCUACGACAGUAUGGAAAACUACAUCCGUGGCCUUGAAAGUAUAGGGGAGUCUCACGAGUCGUUCGGAAGCCUUUUAGUGCCCAUAAUAUUAAAUAAAUUACCUGGGAAUAUACGAGAAAACAUGGUACGUGCCCACGGAGGUGACCACUGGAACUUGCCGUCGUUACGGCAAGCUAUUCAACAUGAGAUAACGAUUAAGGAAGCGGGUCAGUCGGUAAACGGUGAUGAUAUGGAGCCAAAUUACACACCCACAUCAGCAUUCUUUAUGGGUACAAUUCGCAACUAUGCAAAUCAGAAAGAGAAAAGAGACAUAACCAAGAAGCCGUGCAUCUUUUGUCAAGGAGUUCACGCCCCAUUAGCUUGUAAAACUGUUACGGAAAUUGAAGCUCGAAAACGCAUUGUUAAGGAGAAACAGGCAUGUUUCAAUUGCUUAGGAAAUCACAGAGUUGCAAAUUGCAAAUCCGAUAAAACUUGUAAAAAUUGUAAUAAACGACACCAUACCAGUAUUUGUUCAAAGAAUGAAUCACACCUGUAUACCCAGUCUAAAGAUAGCAGUACAUCAAAACCAGAUACCGAUGCCGCAGUCGCAAGUAUGCAUUCAUCCACAUCAUCAGGUAGAUCGCAGGUAUUGUUAAAAACCGCGAUAGCGCCUAUCACGUAUGACAAGACACAUUUUAACACCGCCAAUAUACUAUUCGACGAAGGAGCCCAGCGAAGCUUUAUCACUCAAGAGAUAGCCGAUUUAUUGAACCUGAGACCACAUAGGAAAGAAGCGAUAACGAUAUCCGGUUUCGGUAAAUCCAACAAGAAGGUUAGAAAUUUACAAAUUGCUACUAUAUAUAUAAAAGGUCUAACGAAUACGCUUAUCCCUAUUGAGGUUCUUAUAGUACCACGGAUUGCUUAUCCAAUACAUACUUACGCAAGGAACCAGUCGAGCUUUCAGCAUUUAAAUGGAUUGAAGUUAGCCCACCCAGCUGUACAGGACGAGGAUUUUGAGAUAUCAGUCUUAGUUGCCGCCGAUUAUUAUUGGGAUAUAGUUGGAGACAGAGUAAUUAGAGGUUCCGGACCAACCGCUGUACGGUCCAAAGUUGGAUACUUGCUAUCAGGACCUAUACAAUUGAACACUAACAGUAAUAAUCAAUCAACGUCAUCGAUUAUGAACAUUUUGAUCCCACACAGACUAGAAGAAUGUGAAAUACAUAAAUUUUGGGAAAUCGAAUCCAUAGGAACAGAAACAGACAGCGAAGUGAAAGCGAAAACGGACUUACAAGAAAUGACCACUUACCAAGAGAAUAACAUUCAUUUGAAAGACAAUAGGUACAUCGCCAAGUUUCCAUGGAUACCAGAACAUCCGGAGUUGCCUAGCAACGAGAUGAUCGCCAGAAAGAGAGCAUACAACGUGAUAAACCGACUUGCUAAAGAACCAGAGAUGCUUAAGAUAUACGGUAACAUUAUCAACGACCAAGAAAAUCGAGGUUUUAUAGAGAAGGUUGAGACCCCGGAUGAGACUACUAAUCGAGUACACUAUAUUCCGCACCACCCAGUGAAAAAAGAUUCAUCGACUACACCGAUACGUAUAGUAUAUGAUUGUAGUUGUCGUCAAGAUUCAGAAUCACCCAGCUUAAAUGAUUGCCUUUCUUCUACACCGCCGCAGCUUAAUAAGCUAACAGAUAUACUUACAAGAUUCCGCUACGGGAAAUACGCCUUAACAACUGAUAUUGAGAAAGCAUUCCUCCAGAUUGGACUAGACGAAGAAGACCGCGAUUCCACCCGAUUUGUCUGGCUUAGAGACCCAAGCAACCCCAAGACGACAAAGAGAGAAAUAUUGAGUAAAUCAUCGUCAAUUUACGACCCACUCGGAAUUCUUGGACCAGUAACCGUAAGAGCUAAGCUACUGGUACAAACAUUAUGGGAAGAAGGAUACGAUUGGGACCAGGUGUUGCCUAGCAACAUAGUUAAAUCAUGGUAUGAAAUUUUAGAUGACAUCCGAGAUGUAACAGUUAAUAAGAAAAUCGCACGACAUUAUUUCAACGAUCAAAAUGAGAACGAAAAUCGUAUAGAUAUUGAUAAUUCACAAGCGACAAAGAGAGAAAUAUUGAGUAAAUCAUCGUCAAUUUACGACCCACUCGGAAUUCUUGGACCAGUAACCGUAAGAGCUAAGCUACUGGUACAAACAUUAUGGGAAGAAGGAUACGAUUGGGACCAGGUGUUGCCUAGCAACAUAGUUAAAUCAUGGUAUGAAAUUUUAGAUGACAUCCGAGAUGUAACAGUUAAUAAGAAAAUCGCACGACAUUAUUUCAACGAUCAAAAUGAGAACGAAAGUAACGAGAAAAUCACAUUACAUGUCUUUGUUGAUGCCAGCCAACGCGCUUAUGGAGCCAGUGCCUACUUGUGUAAAGGAAACACUUCUUCUCUCGUAAUUGCAAAAAAACGGAUCGCUCCGCUCGCCAAAAUUACAUUACCAAAGCUAGAAUUGAUGGCUGCAGUAAUAAGAGCUCGAAUGGCUAAAAACCUCACGAAAACCCUUAAACCACAACGCACAGUACUAUGGAGUGACAGUCAGAUCGUUCUGCACUGGAUUUCGUCUUUAAAAUCAUUUGGAAGAUUUGUUCAGAAUCGUGUGAUAGAAAUUAAAGAAUCGACACAAAAUUACGACUGGAAAUACGUACCAACAGAUUCAAAUCCAGCCGACCUUCAAACUAGAGGAAUAUCAUCAACGCAAUUCAAAGAAUCUACUUUGUGGAUGCAAGGACCGUCGUGGAUAUCGGAUGAGAACAGUUGGCCUACAUGGACCCCACAAGUUAAACAAGAGACUCUUUUGUUAACGACAACAUAUGACAGCGAAAAGACAAAAUAG